CAAACAUCUCCCAACUCUCAAAAAUCUACCGAGUCGUACGCAGCAAUAUAGUUAACUAUAUAGAAGAGGAUAACAAGAGCUAUUAAAAAAGUAAAAUCGACGAAAACUUUAAAUAGCAAUAAUAUGAACACAUCGAAGACAUUUUUGGUAUUUGUUGCCGUCUUACUCCUGCUGGUUCAAGUUCAGGGCUUUUAUCUUCCAUUAUCAAAGAGGGAUAAUCCAUCAUCAGCAUCGAGUAUGGUUGAUCCGAAGAAAAGACCUUUCUGUAAUGCAUUUACAGGUUGUGGUAGAAAGAGGACCAAUAUUCCUCCUCUAGCUUCAUCGAUUCGUGAGGGUAGUUCUGACGAAGAAUCAAUUGGUACAUUGUUCGAAUUGAGCGCUGAGCCAGCCGUUGAAGAUUUAUCACGUCAAAUAAUGUCGGAGGCGAAAUUGUGGGAAGCAAUUCGUGAAGCGAACGAAGAACUGACCCGUCAAAAACAAAAAUAUGCAAUGGAAAGUGAAGAAGCGAUCCCUGCACGCAGUGCAACUGCUUCAUGCGCUUUACCACCCUGCAUCAUUUAAACUAACACGUAAUUCAAUUCGACAGUCAAUUUUAAAAUAAUGAAUUUGCUCUUUGUUUUAAAUGAAUAAAAUUUUGUUAAUCAUAAUAAGAAACCUUUGGUUGCGUAUUACUUUGGGCAUAUUACAAAUGGUUGUUCUCAUAUGCUCGUGGAAACAAAAAGCAAAUUAAAAUUAAGAAAUAUUAAAUUGACCUAUU